AUGGAAUCAGGCGUGAGAUCGGGUGGUUCUGGGGUUGUGGUGAAGAGCAGAAACUCCUCGGGCUGUUUAAUUGUGCGAAAGAAAGGGGAUGGGUUGGGUGCUACUGCUUCCACGUCUCGGAAGCUCUAUGAAUCGAAGCAAAGGGCGAACAUCAGCGUGUCCUUGAGUGAUUCUGGAUCAAGCGACGAAUUGAUGAUUCCUCCUGGUAGAAGGCUUGGUCCUGAGACAAUUCGAGUUUGCAAUGGUUUGGCUGCCUCUGAGCGGGGUGUUAGUGAAAUUAGUCGGAAGAGGGAUAGAGUGGAACGAAUUAGGUGUAGUGGGGAAGGUAUUGCUGCGGAGAAAGCUUUGGACCCGAGGGAAAGGAAGCGUAGUAAGUUGGAUGUGUAUGAUUUCGAUGAAUACGAUGGAAUGGGCGUGGAAAACAAGAGGAGGAGGCAUUUAGAUGAGAAUGGAGUUGGUCACGGAGGAGGAAGGUUUAUGGGAUCAGUGCAUGCUUCUAGAAGUGGCAUAGAUAGCGAAUUCAAAGCAGGGUCAAGUGGACGUGUUCUCGAGAAGAUAAAGAACUCCUACAGUGACAGGCCUAGUGGCAUGUAUCCGGGGGAUGAUGUUGAGCACAAUAGGUUCAAUAUGCACAGGGGUGGGACUCGGGUACCUGUAUCCUCGCAGAGGGAGAAGUUUAAUUCAGAUGAGUCCAUUAGGGUUCAGGGGAAGAAUGGUGUUUUGAAGGUAAUGGUUAAUAAGAAGAAGGUGCGUGGGCCAUCAGAACAGUAUUUCGAUCAUAAAAAACCUGUGGAAAGCAGGCAAAGCUUGAAAACUGAAGAGCCCACCAAGAGGAUGAAACCUGAAGAGCCCACCAAGAGGAUGAAGACUGAAGAGACUGCCAAGAGGAAUGCUUCCAUUCGUCCUUCAUCAUACCUGGAAACUAAACCUGUUGAGAAACCAAGAUUACUCAGGAGGCAGGAGAAGAAACGGAUAGCAUCCAGAAAAUCCUUGUCAAGCAAGGACAGUAAGGGUGAUGAGGGGGAUUCAGAUAACAGUGAUACAUCACUAAAUCCGGGAACAAGAAAUACUGAAACUCACAAGCCUGCAAAAAAAAUAAUCUCUGAGGAUGAGCAGACACCUGUGCAAGACAAACUUCCCACCUCAGGAUCGAAAGAAGGGAAAAUCAAGCGUGGUAGUGGUACAGAAAAACAGAAACUGCGAGAGCGAAUAAGGGAGAUGCUGCUGACUUCAGGUUGGACUAUAGACUAUAGACCUCGAAGGAACAGAGACUACCUAGAUGCAGUUUACAUUAAUCCAGCAGGUACAGCCUAUUGGUCUAUCAUCAAGGCUUAUGAUGCGCUUCAGAAGCAAUUGAAUGAUGAUGCUAAUGAGGUCAAGGCCAAAGGGGAUAGUUCUUCUUUUGCUCCUAUUGCAGACGAGGUGCUCAGUCAGCUAACAAGGAAAACUAGAAAGAAAAUGGAGAAAGAAUUGAAGAAGAAGAAGAAAAAAUAUGAUAGUGAAAGCGGUAAUGAAAAAGAGCCUCAAAGAAAAAGGUCUGCCAGCAACAAGUGUGAUAUGAAUAGCACUGAUAGUGACAGCAACGAGGAGAAAUUAAGCUCCUUUAUAAAGCAGGGAAGUAAGUCAAUGAAAAAUAAAAUGUUUGAAAAUAACAUUAUCAGUGGUCGCUCUAAAAUCCAGAAUGCUACCCAUAACUCAGGUGAUGGAAUAGAAAAAUCAUUAUUUGGAUGUGAUCCUCAUAUACAUGGACGGAAGAGUAAAAAACAUGGACGAUGUACCUUGUUAGUUCGCAGUUCUAACAAAGGAUCAAAUUCAGAAUCCGAUGGCUUUGUCCCAUACAUGGGAAAAAGGACAAUUCUUGCCUGGUUGAUUGACUCUGGAACAGUAGAGUUAAGCCAAAAGGUUCAGUACCGUAGACGGAAAAAAGUCCUGCUAGAGGGGUGGAUCACAAGAGAUGGCAUUCACUGUGGCUGCUGCAGUAAGAUACUUACGGUUUCAAAGUUUGAACUUCAUGCAGGAAGCAAAUUGCCACAGCCAUAUCAAAAUAUAUAUUUGGAAUCAGGAGUUUCUCUUCUACAGUGCCAGAUAGACGCAUGGAAUAGACAAGAGCAUUCUGAAAAAAUUGGUUUCCAUUCAGUGGAUAUUGAUGGUAAUGAUCCAAACGAUGAUACAUGUGGUAUAUGUGGAGAUGGAGGAGAUUUAAUCUGUUGUGAUGGUUGUCCAUCAACAUUUCAUCAGAGCUGCUUGGAUAUACAGAUGCUUCCUCUUGGUGAAUGGCAUUGUACAAAUUGCACCUGUAAAUUUUGUGGCUUAGCCAGUAGAACUUCUGAAAAAGAUGAUGCAUCUGUGUAUGACCUACGCACAUGCAACUUAUAUCAUGACUCUUGCACUGAGGAGAUGGUUACCGAUGCCAAUAACUGGAAUACUUCAAGCCUUUCCUUUUGUGGGAAAGAGUGUAAAGAGCUUUCUGAACACUUGAAGAAAUACCUUGGUACCAAGCAUGAACUAGAAGCAGGUUUUUCAUGGUCUCUCAUUCAUAGAACAGAUGAAGACUCAGAGGCAGCUUGCAGGGGAAUUACCCAGAGAGUAGAAUGCAAUUCAAAGUUAGCUAUUGGACUGACUGUAAUGGAUGAAUGCUUUUUACCUGUUAUUGAUAGGAGGAGUGGGAUCAAUUUAAUCCGUAACGUUUUAUAUAAUACUGGAUCGAACUUUAGCCGGUUGAGCUAUGGUGGAUUUUACACUGCUAUUUUGGAGAGAGGGGAUGAAAUAAUUGCUGCAGCAUCUAUCAGGUUGCAUGGAACUAAGAUAGCAGAGAUGCCAUUCAUUGGAACCCGCCAUAUAUAUAGGCGCCAGGGUAUGUGCCGCCGGCUUUUUUCUGCCAUUGAAUCGGCCCUUUGCUCUCUGAAGGUUGAAAAACUAGUUAUUCCUGCAAUUGCCGAACUCACACAUACAUGGACAACGGUUUUUAGCUUCACACAUCUAGAUGAUUCACUCAGGCAAGAAAUGAAGUCACUUAAUAUGAUGGUCUUCCCUGGUAUAGAUAUGUUACAGAAGCUGUUAGUUGAACAAGGAAAACAUGAGGGUAAUAAAACGGCAGCUGUUUAUGAUAAUUUUGUUUUUAAAUUUCAUAGGUUACUUUUGCCUGUACAUAAGUUAUACUUUUCUUUCCUGACAGGUUCUGAGAAAAUGGGAAAUGGAGGCAAUGAUUUUAUCCAUACCAAAAUUGGAAAUAGAUCAGAUAUGGAUUCUUCAACUCCACAAGAUCCUCGUGGCAGUGAUGAUGUUACUUCCAAUCCUACUAAUGAGAUGAAUGAUGAAUGCAGCGAUGCUUCUCAAGAACUCGAUAACCAAGUUUUGGUUGAUGGGACUCUCUGUUCCAAAUCUCAUUCCGAGGAAAUGGUGUCUGAUUCAGUUUCAGAUAAAUGCAUUUCUCCUUCUAGAACUAGUCACAGUGCACUAGAAAUGAAGAGUAAAUUGGCGGAUGCUCCUCCUAUUGAUAAAGUAAAUCCUUCAUCAAAAAGCCAAUCUAUUUCUCCUAAUGAAACUUCUGUGAGUAACUCAGAUGUUCCAAAUGUUCAACCUUUGGUUCAGGUAACUGAUUGUUCUGAUCCAUGUUCAGCAGAAAGCCGUGACAAUAAAUGUCACUCAUUCACUGCUAUGAAUUGUGAUUCGUCAGAGCUUGACAUUAAUCCAUUGUUGGAUUCUCAAAAGGCAGACAAGACUGUUGAAGCUGUUUCUUCAAGGAAUUUAUCAGAAGAGAAUAUUAGAAAGGGGGAUAAUAAAAAUGUAGAUUUCUCCAGUUCUACUCUCAAACAUGCUGAUAAGAGUUUGUUGCCAGUAGGAUCUGAUUCCAACGAUGAAAUUGGAUGCGAGAAAGAGGAUGUAAGUGCUGUAAAUGCUUCUGGUGUUAAUGAGCUAGCUUUCUUUCAGAGCUUCAUUGCCUUGUGUGCAAGUCAAUUUUCAAGGCUUUUGAAGCUUGUACGCUGUGCUUUGAUCUGGCUCUGCGAUCUCUUUGGGUUUUCCGGCAGGGACUUGCGUCACACUUUCAUCACACAAUUUAUUGCGAGGGACGGAAUCCGUGAACUUUCCGGCCAGAUGGAAUCAGGCGUGAGAUCGGGUGGUUCUGGGGUUGUGGUGAAGAGCAGAAAUUCCUCGGGGUGUUUAAUUGUGCGAAAGAAAGGGCAUGGGUUGGGUGCUACUGCUUCCACGUCUCGGAAGCUCUAUGAUUCGAAGAAAAGGGCCAACAUCAGCGUCUCUUUGAGUGAUUCUGGAUCAAGCGACGAGUUGCUGGUGCCUCCUGGUAGAAGGCUUGGGUCUGAGACUAUUCGUGUUUGCAAUGGUUUGGCUGCCUCUGAGCGGGGUGGGAAUGAAAUUAGUCGGAAGAGGGAUAGAGUGGAACGAAUUAGGGGUGCGGUGAAGGGUUUGGAGCCGUGGGAUAGUAAGCGUAGUAAGUUGGAUGUGCACGAUUUUGAGGAGUAUGAUGGCAUGGAUGUAGAGAGCAUGAGGAGGAGGCACUUAGAAGGUAAUGGAGUUGGUUUUGGAGGAGGAAGAUUUAUGGGAUCAGAGUAUGCUACUCGGAGUGGCCUCGAUAGGGAAUUCAAAAACGGGUCAAGUGAACGUGAUCUUGACAAGAGAAAGAACUCCUACGGUGACAGGUCAAGUGGCUUCUUUCCAGGGGAUAAUGUUAAUCACAAUAGGUUCAAGACGAACAGGGAUAGAGUUCGGGUACCUAUACCCUUUCAGAGGGAGAAGUUUAAUUCCAACGAGUCCAUUAGGGUUCAGGGGAAAAAUGGUGUUUUGAAGGUAAUGAUCAAUAAGAAGAAGCUGGGUGGGCCAUCAGAGCAGUAUUACGAUCAUCACAAACCUGUGGAAAGCAGGCAAAGGUUGAAAACUGAAGAGCCCACCAAGAGGAUGAAGACUGAAGAGAUUGCCAAGAGGAAUGUUCCUAUUCGUCCUUCAUCACACACGGAAACAAAGCCUGUUGAGAAACCAGGAUUACUCAAGAGGCCGGAGAAGAAUCAGAUAGCAUCAAGAAAAUCCUUGUCAAGCAAGGAUAGCAAGGGUGAUGAGGGGGAUUCAGAUAACAGUGACACAUCAUUGAAUCCCAGAGUAAGAAAUACUGAAGCUCGUAAGCCUGUGAAAAAAAUGUUCUCCGAUGAUGAACAGACUCCUCUGCAUGAUAAACACCCAACCACAAAAACGAAAGAAGGAAAAAUCAAGCGGGGUAGUGGUACAGAAAAACAGAAACUACGAGAACGAAUUAGGGAGAUGCUUCUCACUUCAGGUUGGACCAUAGACUAUAGACCUCGAAGGAACAGAGACUACCUGGAUGCAGUUUACAUUAAUCCAGCAGGGACAGCCUAUUGGUCUAUUAUCAAAGCUUAUGAUGCGCUUCAAAAGCAAUUGAAUGAUGAUGCUAAUGAGGUGAAGGCCAAAGGGGAUACUUCUUUUGCACCUAUCGCAGAUGAGGUGCUCAGUCAGCUAACAAGGAAAACUAGGAAGAAAAUGGAGAAGGAAUUGAAAACGAAGAAGAAAAAAUAUGAUAGUGAAAGUGAUAAUGAAAAAGAGCCUCAAACAAGAAGAUCUGCCAGCAACAAGCAUGAUAUGAAUAGCAGUGAUAGUGAUAACAAUGAGGAGAAAUUAAGCUCCUUUAUAAAACAGGGAAGUAAGUCAAUGAAAAAUAAAAUGUUUGAAAGUACAAUUAUCAGUGCUCGCUCUAAAAUCCCGAAUGCUACCCAUCACUCAAUUGACAGAAUAGAAAAAUCAUUUGGAUGUGAUCCCCGUGUACAUGGACGGAAGAGUAAUAAACACGGGAGAUGUACAUUGUUAGCUCGCAGAUCUAACAAAGGAUCAAAUUCAGAAUCUGAUAGCUUUGUCCCAUAUAUGGGAAAACGGACAGUUCUUGCCUGGUUGAUUGACACUGGAGCAGUAGAGUUAAGCCAAAAGGUCCAGUACCGAAGACGGAAGAAAGUCCUUCUGGAGGGGUGGAUCACAAGAGAUGGCAUACACUGUGGCUGCUGUAGUAAGAUCCUCACAGUUUCAAAAUUUGAGCUUCACGCAGGAAGCAAAUUGCCACAGCCAUAUCAAAAUAUUUUUUUGGAAUCUGGAGUUUCUCUUCUACAGUGCCAGAUAGAUGCAUGGAAUAGACAAGAACAUUCUGAUAAAAUUGGUUUCCAUUCAGUGGAUGUUGAUGGUGAUGAUCCAAAUGAUGAUACCUGUGGUAUCUGUGCAGAUGGAGGUGAUUUAAUCUGUUGUGAUGGUUGUCCAUCAACAUUUCAUCGGAGCUGCUUGGAUAUACAGAUGCUUCCUCCUGGUGAAUGGAAUUGUUCAAAUUGCACCUGUAAAUUUUGUGGCAGAGCCAGUGGACUUUCUGAAGAAGAAGAAGAUGCAUAUGUUCCUGUCCUACAUAUUUGCAACUUAUGUGAGAAAAAAUAUCAUGACUCUUGCACUAUGGAGAUGGAUACCCUUCCUAAUAACCUCAAUACACCAAGCCUCUCGUUUUGUGGGAAAGAGUGCAGAGAGCUGUCUGAACAAUUGAAGAAAUAUCUUGGUACCAAGCAUGAACUAGAAGCGGGUUUUUCAUGGUCUCUCAUUCAUAGAACAGAUGAAGAUUCAGAGGCAGCUUGCAGGGGAAUUACUCAGAGGGUAGAAUGCAAUUCAAAGUUGGCUAUUGCACUAAGUGUGAUGGAUGAAUGCUUUUUACCUGUUAUUGAUAGGAGGAGUGGGAUCAAUUUAAUCCGUAAUGUUUUAUAUAACAGUGGAUCAAACUUCAAUCGGUUGAGCUAUGGUGGCUUUUACACUGCUAUUUUGGAGAGAGGGGAUGAAAUCAUUGCUGCAGCAUCUAUCAGGUUCCAUGGAACUAAGUUAGCUGAGAUGCCAUUCAUUGGAACUCGCCAUAUAUAUAGGCGCCAGGGGAUGUGUCGCAGGCUUUUUUCUUCCAUUGAAUCGGCCCUUUGUGCGCUGAAUGUUGAAAAAUUAGUUAUUCCUGCAAUUGCUGAACUCACACAUAUGUGGACAUCAGUUUUUGGCUUCACUCAUGUUGAUGAAUCACUCAGGCAAGAAAUGAGGUCACUGAAUAUGGUUGUCUUCCCUGGUAUUGAUAUGUUACAGAAGCUGUUAGUGGAAGGUUCUGAGAAAAUGGGAAAUGGAGACAAUGAUUUUAUCCAUACCAAAAUGGGAAAUAGGUCAGAUAUGGGUUCUUCAACUCCACAAGAUCCUCGUGGAAGUGAUGAUGUUAGUUCAAAUCCUGCUAAUAAUGAGACAAAUGAUGAAUGUAGUGAUGCUUCUCAAGAACUAAACAACCAAGUUUUGGUUGACGGGUGUUCCAAAUCUCAUUCCGAGGAAAUGCUGUCUGAUUCAGUUUCAGAUAAAUGUGUUUCUCCUUCUAGAACUAAUCAAAGUGCACUAAAAAUGAAGAAUAAAGUGGUGGCUUCUCCUCCUGUUGAUAAAUUAAAUCCUUCUUCAAAAUUCCAAUCCAUUUCUGCCAGUGACACUUAUGUGAGAAGUCACCGAGAAGAUAUUUCAAAUGUUCCAGCUGUGGUUCAGGAAACUUCUUGUUCUGAUCCAUGUUCAGCAGAAAACCUUGACAAGGAAUGUCAUUCGUUCAUUGCUAUGAAUUGUGGUUUGUUGGAGCUUGACAUCGAUCCACUGUUGGAUUCUCAAAAGGCAGACAAUACUCCACCUACUAAAGAGACCUAUAUGAAUGACGCCCUUGAAGCUGUUACCUCACGGAAUUUAUCAGAAGAGAAUAUUACUAAUCGGAAUCAAAAGUUAGAUGUCUCCAUUUCUGCUCUCAAUCAUGCUGAUGAGAGUUUGUUGAAAGUAGGAUCUGGUUCCAACUGUGAAAUUGGAUGUGAAAAUGUGAAGGAUUUGCUUUUGAACCCAGUAGUUUCUUCAAAUGAAUCGUGUCUUGAUGAACGAGGCCUAAAUGCUUCCGGUGAUAGUUCCGGGACCUUCGUGGCCUAA